AUGAACGACAAUGUCAUUAGGGAGCAAUCAGUAAGCAGUAUGGAACAAGACCUUUCGUCUUCUCGCCACACGUCCCAACCCGCCCAGGAUACUUCAAGCUGGGGGACUUCGGCGGCAUCUGCUGGAAUGGGCACAUUUGACUUCACAUCUGCUCCCCCGGAUGUCUCGAUACCAUCAUUCGACCCUGCAGUUGCUGCGUUCGCCGACCUCUCCUUUACACAACCACCCACAGCGUCACCGUAUUCGCCCGCCAAAAACACCAUGGCCAUGGGAGGCGACCUGUCCGAUGCUUUUCAAGCCAAGGACUCUCAUGACAAGAAGAGGAUGAAGGUCGAAUCGGAUACACCUGCAUUGGAUUCCAUAGACUACUGGAUAUCAUUUGAUGACGACCUGGACAAGAUGGGUAGCUUCGAAAUAGACUAUUCCAAACGACCUGAUCUGCUCGCUCAAAACAGACCUGGUAUGGCAUCCGACUCGAUACCUGGCCUUGGUAGCGGGUUGUAUUCCACCUCUACUGCCCCCUUCCGAGAAGAGGACUUCUUCGAUGACAGUGCCUUUGAACAAGCACUAUCAGACGACGAGGAAAUGUUCGAAUCGACAACGAAACUCGGAGAGAAGAUGCCACAGCUGGACAACACAUCACUAUCACAACAGUCCAUCAACAGCGAUCUUCCACUUUUCAACAAGCCCCAAGGGUCGGACAAAUUCCAACCUGGGCUACGUCUUGCGUCCACAGGAAAGGAUAUAUCUAGACAAAUGAGACGGAGUGUCUGUCCUCAGGUCCCGGAGCCCGAUAUCGAUGAACAGAGACGCUUUCUAGAAGAAGCACUCACCUCUGGGCGGAUUCCCGGUGCACUGAUCCCUCCCAACGGAUUUGGUAUAGGAUUCGGUGCUGGCAUGGGGUGCAGGCCGCCGCAGGAAUUCGAAACCCGAUCUCUCAGCCCGAAGAGCAAGCCCGACGAGCGUCCGGGCAAGUCAAAAAGUGCAAACAACACCAGAAACGGUGAUACAUCGGACGAGCCUGAAUCAAAGAAGCCAGCGAAGCGAGGGUCGGCUGCCAGGGCCAGCACUUCCAAGAAACCCUCCACGGCGGGGGCACCGAAGGCUCGAUCCGCGGAUCGAAUAGCCCACAAUGACGUUGAGCGAAAAUAUCGAACAAACCUGAAGGACAAGAUCGCGGAAUUGCGUGCGGCCGUACCUGCGUUGCACGCUUCUGGGGGAGACGGAGACUCUGAAGGCGGUUCUGCGGGAGGCCAACAGAGCGGUGCCAAAAUCAGCAAGGCAAGUUGUUGUCAGUUUGUUUUGCAUUGA